ACGAACCAUAAUUAAGCCGCCAAGGUGUUUCAGCCAAAAAAAUGAAAUAAUAAAACGAGACGAAGCUGGUGAAGUGGAUUUAUCACGGGUUUCUAGGUACGACUCGUACAGCUGGGAUGACUGGAUGAGUUUCAAUCACUUCUAUGUUCAUUCAUCUCUUCUAACCAAAACUACGGCUAUUUCCUAUGAAACUUCCUUUCCAUCAUUUUCUUUAAAACUGUCAAGCUGUAUGUAUCUUUACCGAAAAAGAUUUUACUUUUGCGCUCCUUCUAGCUGUUCUUCCCUAUAUGUGAGUAUAAAUUGGGUAAAAAUUUCGUUUUUCCCUUGCUGAGAUUGUUGAACGCUUUAUCAGCUGUGCAGUUCGUGGAAGCGAUUCCAGUUAUUGUGGGGCGUGAACAUCUGAUAAAGUUACCUUUUGUUGUUCAAAGAUUUGAUGGGAAGUUUGAGAGUUAUUUUUCAGGUAUAUCUACUAUCUAGUCUGGAUGAACUCAUCUCAGAGGUCAAGCGUACAUAAAGCAAGUAAAUGUCUUUUAGAAGUAUAGCUCGUGAUAUAAGGGAUAGUAUUGGGAGUUUAUCAAGGCGGAGUUUCGAGCUUAGAUUGACUAGUCAACAGAGGGGUGGAAAGUCUCAUGGGGCAGUCCACGAGUUGCAUGACCAACCUGCCAUCAUCACCCAAAGCAGCUGUUGGGCCAGCCUUCCGCUGGAAUUACUUCGCGAUGUAAUCAAAAGGCUAGAGACCCAUGAGAGUACAUGGCCAACCCGCAAGCAUGUUGUUGCCUGCGCUGGGGUUUGCCGGGCAUGGAGAGUAAUGUGCAUGGAAAUUGUUCUUACUCCUGAGUUAUCAGGAAAGCUGACUUUCCCUGUCUCUCUGAAGCAGCCAGGGCAUCGGGAUGGAACCAUUCAGUGCUUCAUUAAGAGAGACAAAUCUAAACUAACUUACCGCCUUUUCCUCUGUCUUAGCCCAGACUUGCUGGUAGAAAAUGGAAAGUUUCUUCUUUCUGCUAAGCGGAGCCGGAAGACUACACGCACAGAAUAUAUUAUCUCACUAGAUGCGGAUAACAUAUCUCGGUCUACAAACACUUGCAUGGGAAAAGUUAGAUCAAACUUUCUUGGCACCAAAUUCAUAAUCUAUGACACUCAAAAACCACAAUACAAGAAAGUUUUCCCCAAAGUCCCUACAGGAAGCCACACCAUUGCACAAGUCACAUAUGAAGUGAAUGUUCUCGGCACAAAGGGCCCAAGGAAGAUGCACUGUUUCAUGUACUCCAUCCCUGCUUCAUCUCUUGAGCCCGGUGCCACCGUCCUGGGUCCACUUGAGGGCAGCUCAUUCCGGAGGAGCAUACCCUUUUCAGAAUGUAUUGAUGAUUCAUCUGAGUUCAGCAGUGCUCGGUGGCAUGAGGAAGAACAAGGCGAUGGAGAUGGUGUGAAGGAAGGGGGGUUUUUGGUGCUUGGGAAUAAGCCACCCAGGUGGCAUGAACAGUUGCAGUGCUGGUGCCUUAAUUUUAGGGGAAGGGUAACUGUUGCUUCUGUCAAGAAUUUCCAGCUGAUUGCAGAGACACUGCCGCCAGUUCAGCCAGCCCACCGGUCUGAUCCUGAAAAGAUCAUAUUGCAGUUUGGGAAGGUUGGAGAAGAUAUGUUCACCAUGGAUUAUAGAUAUCCUUUGUCUGCCUUUCAGGCAUUCGCCAUCUGUUUGAGCAGCUUUGACACCAAACUCGCUUGUGAAUAAAAUAUAAAUGCAUUGCCUAAUUGCAUAUAUGUUUUGGUGUUUGCCAAUUUUCAGUUACUCCCAUGAAAUCUUAAUAUGAAUGGUGGUAUUUACUUGGAUGAUUUCCUGAAUUCUAAUUGGUUAAAUUUUGGAGAUUUUUUUGUUGGAAUAAUGUAGGUCUGGACCUGGUUCAUCCAAAAUAUGUUGGAAAUUAGCAAAAACCCUGACUUUGGCAAGACAUGCUGCACGCGUGAUUCGAUCUCACAUUCUCACGACCUUCGGGAUGAAACAUAGCCUCUCAACCGGUCUACAACUAGAACAUGUUAAAUUUUGCAACUUUAAUAUUAUUAUACUCGGUACAACGUACCAUUUUACUUCACACUUAAGCAUUAAUCAAUUAGUUAACUUUUGUUGACCAAAUAAUUAGUAAAUUAAACCAUUAAUAGUAACAAUAAUUAUGCAGAGCAACGUUAUACUUCCAGUUAUGUUCUACUUAUGUCAUAUUACAAUUAUAUAAGUGAAUACAUAUU